AUGGGAUUUUUCGAUCCACUUGGACUUCUGGCGCCGUUCACGAUCCAUGGAAAGAUGCUGGUCCAAGACUUGUGGCGAACGGGAUGCGGAUGGGACGAAGAAAUAGACGACAGUGUGAUGCAGAAAUGGAACCGUUGGGUAGGCCUGUUUCCGCAAGUAGCCGCUAUCCGAAUUCCCCGCUGCUACAUCGGCGAUUGCUACUCAUCAGGAGUUGAUUCACUUCAGCUGCACAUCUUCAUGGACGCAAGUGAGCACGCAUAUGGUUGUGUUGCCUACUUCAGGGCGGUCGCAAAUGGUCAAGCCAAGAUUACUCUGAUAACCUCUUAUUCGAAGGUAGCGCCUUUGAAACGACAAUCGAUUCCGUGCAUGGAACUGAUGGCGGCAGUUCUGGGAUCACGACUGUUGCGCACGGUACAAUCACAUCACUCCCUCCCGAUACCCAAAUACUUUCUAUGGUCGGAUUCUCAAACGGCUCUCAGCUGGAUUCGUUCAUACCAGUUGAAAUACAAGCAGUUCGUGGCCUUUCGCAUCGGGGAAAUCCAGGAGAACACCAAUAUCUCCGACUGGCGCUGGGUCCCGUCAAAAAUGAACAUCGCUGACGUUCUUACAAAAUGGGGGCAAGGGCCUCCACUGCAAUCCAACAGCCCAUAUUUUCUGUUGCAGUCCGAAGAUGAGUGGCCACUAGGACAGUGUCCGGCAGUUGAUAUAAGUGAAGAAAUGAGGGCUCAGGUCUUACAUCACGACGUCUCUAACAUCGGAUCAAUCAUCAAUGCUAAUUCAACGAAUCGUUUUGUUCGUCUUCUCCGAAGUACAGCCAACGUAGUUCGGUUUAUUGCAAACUGUCGUCGAAAACUAGCAGGAAAUCCGAUUGUUGUUUCCAAAGCUACUCCGGGUCAAGAAUGCUUGUUAAAAACGAAACCAAAAUCUAUUCAACAACCUCUUCAGCAAAACGAGUUACACGCUGCGGAGUUGAUAUUGUGGAAACAGGUUCAACGUGAUGGAUUUACGGAAGAGAUAAGGACCUUACAAAGAAAUCAAAUAUGUGAAGGUUCUCCGGGUCGAAUAACAAAAUCGAGCUUGAUUUACAAAAUGAAUCCUGUUCUGGACACCGAAGGCAUUCUACGGGUCGGAGGCAGACUACAGCAGGCUGAAUUCGUUUCAUUUGAUAUGAAACACCCAGUUAUUCUUCCGAAAGACCAUGCAAUAACCAACAUGCUAAUCCUGCAGUACCACAAAAAAUUUGGUCAUGCGAAUCGAGAGACCGUGUGCAAUGAACUGCGUCAGCGGUUCUACAUCCCGAAAGUUCGACAAGCGAUUCGACAGGCUGUAAAAAAAUGCAUGUGGUGUCGUGUCAACAGAUGUAAGCCACUAACUCCCAUGAUGGCGCCACUGCCAGUGCAACGAGUAUCUUCACAACUUCGUCCGUUUAGCUCUGUGGGUGUAGAUUAUUUAGAACCCAUCGAAGUGACUGUGGGCCGCCGAAGGGAAAAAAGAUGGGUGGCUCUAUUCACUUGUCUAGCGGUGCGUGCUGUACAUUUAGAAGUAGUUCACAAUAUAAAUACUCAAGCGUGCUUAAUGGCGGUUCGGAGAUUCGUCUGUAAAAGAGGUGCGCCAAACGAAUUUUUCUCUGACAAUGGCACCAAUUUUAAAGCAGCCAGUAACGAAUUGGCAAAGAUGAAGCAGAUCGACCAAAAUUGUGCAGAAGGCUUCACGAGCUCCACAUUGAAAUGGAAUUUCAUUCCUCCUAGUACGCCGCACAUGGGCGGUGUCUGGGAGUGA